GUGGCACAUUAACAACGUACAGUGGGCGAUAAUACGAGUUCAAUGGAGUUUCCCAUCUCCUUUAAAAGUAUCUAUGUGACGGUUAGUCACAACCUAGUUAGCUUGGCUACUUGUGUCUCAGUCAGUGUUGGGAAUGCAGCCACCACUCCCACCGGAUGCAGUCAGAGAGCUGGUGUGUUCCUGUCUUCACAGGGACCCAGUAGCUGCUGAUCUGAGAUGCAGCCUGUUUGUGGCAGCUGCUCAGAACUACAAGCGGGACUCAGUUCUCAGACCCUAUCCCCCUAGAUACAUCAGAGACAGAGACACCAAGGAGUUUGAUGAGCUGCUGUCAGAUGUCAGCAGUUUGCCUGGUGUGAGGGAGCUGGUGAGACUGAGACCUGGUGAAGCUGACCAUCAUCUGGCCCUCACACACUGGGUUCUCUCCUCCAAGAGCUUUGCUGUGAAAACACUACAGAAAGACGAGUAUGCCAAGCUGUGUAACCUGACUGAGAGUGAGGGGAUCUCCACGCCUGUUCCAGACUUCCUGUUUGAGUUGGAGUACUGCGACCAGAUGAACGCUAAGUUUGAAAAGACACGGGCGGGACGCGACCUCUUCUAUGCAUUCCAUGGCAGCCGACUGGAGAACUUCCAUUCUAUCAUUCACAACGGACUACACUGCCACCUCAACAAGACGUCGUUGUUCGGAGAGGGCACCUACCUCACCAGUGACCUCAGCAUGGCGGUCCUCUACAGUCCGCAUGGCAACGGUUGGCGUGACAGUCUCCUGGGACCGUUGCUAAGCUGUGUCGCCGUGUGUGAGGUCAUCGACCACCCAGACGUUAAGUGCCAGGUGAAGAGGAAAGACUCGGAGACCAUUGACCGUCAGCGCUCCAGAGCCAGGAACAGUGAAGGAGGAGAGGUCCCUCAGAAGUACUUUGUGGUCACCAACAAUCAGCUGCUCCGAGUCAAAUACCUGCUAGUGUACUCUCAGAGAAGACACCUGUCCAGACAUUCCCGGGGCAGGUCAUGGCUAGUCAGACAUCACUUUGCCAUUAUGAUGAGUCUCUAUCUGCUGCUACUCAUCUUCAUCGGUGCCUUCAACUCCACCACAUUCCUCUCCUUCUGGAACAGGCUUUUCCGGUGACGUCACAAUCGCAGGACCACACUCUUCUGGUGACGUCACAAUGAAAUCACCGGACCUCACUAAUCACAGGACAUGGUCUUCCGUUGCUAUCACACGAGUCUCUGGUGCUUUCCUACUGCAGCCCCGGUUGGUCCAGCCUGAGGCUCUCUAUAGGCUUAUACCCCAGUGUUUCCUGGGGAAAUUGUUUCUCUUUUCCAUCCUUAGGGCUGACAUUAAGGACUUGGGAAGAGCAGUGUGUCAAGUUAAACAUCUGAAUAUUCAAACCGUUUCUUAUGAGGAAGAAUAGUUCAUAUAUACAUGGACCAUUCUUGUCAUUCAUAGUGCCUUCCAUAACACACAGAGAGAGACAGAGACAAUCAGACAGAUGGGCAAAUAGGACAUCCAUAUUAUACACUUUCCCUUUAAUCUCUUUCCUGUCUUCCACCUCUUUGUAUGUACAGUAUACAUGGUUAUUACCACUAGAGGUCGACCGA